AUGCCAACAUUUCGCAACGCCUUCUUCUACAUUUGCAUUUUCCAUCUAAUCUCUAACUGUGUUGAAUUUUCGCUCAACUUACUUUGGACUGGACCAGCAACAUUUUUAAACUUGGAUAACUCAGUAACCAACUCCUUCAUUGGAUCACGGAUCGCCCAGAUCGCCCUUGUGUUUUGGAUCACUUCCAUAUACAGUCAACUCCAAAUAGCGAUCAAUCGCCUGAUAGCAAUUGCAUUUCCGAUGCUGUACGGCAGAAUAUUUGUGGGAAGGAAAUUACUAUACUUUAUGAGUUUAUUCUGGGUGUUGACGCUUUGUCAUGCUGCACUUUUUUCUUGGGGUAAGCUUUUAAUCAAGGCAAAUAUAUUUAUAAGCUCACUGUGUUGGGAUGUAAUCCGGUAA